AGCCCUUCUUCCAUCCACCGUCCGCUCUAGAGCGAGUGGGAAGAAGAAGAAGUGCGCCGAGCAGCAGCUACGACACCGCGCGUUGUCGUAAUGUCAGUAGCCGAGCUGAGGAGGCUGGUUUUGGGCAAACGGUGGCUCGUGCUGCCCAAGCAGUUGAGAAGUAGAAUCAGGAUCAUCCUCUCAGGCUGGUGACUCAUUAUGCGACGAGGGGAGCAUGUGCCUCGUGCGUUUCAGGCUCCGGUAGAUGUUCACGCCAGCGCAGAUGGCCAGGUCUACAUGUUCAAGAGGAGGCCGAAUGAGACGGCUGUGUCGUCCUCCGACGAUGACGAGAUCAGCGUAGUUGAGACGAGGCCGCAAGCCUUCCGUGAGCAGGAGCAAGGAGGACUGAGAAACGUUGAGGUGCUGGAGCGGGAGGUGUUGGAAGGUGACACUCUGAACAAGCUUGCCCUGCAGUAUGGCUGUAAGGUAGCAGAUAUAAAGCGGGUGAACAACCUGAUGCAGGAGCAAGACUUGUUUGCACUGAAAUCGGUUAAAAUACCAAUUCAGAAACACAGCUUUCUAAUGGAGACUUUCACAGACCUAAACAAACCUCAGGAUGAAAUGCCAGUAUCACCCACCAGACUGGUGAAGCCCCAGGACAGAACCAGAGCCCAGCCCCAUCUGCAGGAGGUCACAGAUUUCCUAAUGGAGGUGGAUAACGAUAUAGAGAAGCUGAUCCAGACUACAAACGAUCAACAGGAGGAUUCCUCCGAAAGCUCAAGGAGACAACAGCGUUUUAGUUUGGGAGGGCGCCGCCUGACCAGUCACGGUGCAGACUGGGGCAUCCAGUGGUGGAAUGCGUUGGUGGCUGUGCUGCUGAUAUGCAUCGUGCUGCCAAUAUUUUAUUUAAUUUAUUUCAAGACAAAGGACAACGGUGCAGCUUCAACCACAGAUGGUAGUGGUGCUCGACCAUGAACCCUGCCAGCGUCUCUCAAUCCAGGACCAAUUAAGCAUCUUCAUGCCUGGAGCAGAGUUGUCUCAUACGAAGCCGAAAGAAAUCAAAAUAAGACUCAUGGGUAAAAUAGGUGAUAAUCAAGAUCAAGCAAAGUUAACUCGGGGCAACAAUGAGCAGUGAAUGUUACCUUUUAAUAAUACUAGAAUAACUGGAGAGUCUUCAGUAAUGCUGCUGCACACGUCUGAACACUUAGGAGAGUUUGUUGGAAUAUUACUAGGUAAUAUUGUUUUUUUUUUCUCGGAUUCUUGGUUAUGUUUGGUAUUACAGAUCCUCAGGUGCUUUACUAAAGGUGUUGGGUACUAACUGAGGUAUUAAACAGCAAUUGCAAAUAGCCAAAGUGUUUGUCUGGAGACCAGACAAGACUGUGUCAGCUAACCAAGGGCUUAGGACAACAACCUGUUGUCUGUGUCAGCACAUAACAAAUCGUAACAGUGUCAGAUAUCAGGUAUUUUUAUACACAAUAAUAUAACAUUUAGCCCAAAACUGUACUAUGGGACUUAUGUUGUGUUCUUCUACUGCCUGAGCUGUGUGAAGAAGCUAAACUGAAUGUUCGAACAUCGUGCCUUUUUGAUCUGGAGCCUAAUAUGCCAAAAGUGUGAAUUGUGAUCACAGUAAGAAUAUGGUGCAAUAUGCUUGAUCCAGUUGUCAGGCUUUAAACUGUCAUGCUUUAAAAGUAAUAUUUUCUUGUCUUUAGGAUAUUUUAUGUGUGAGACUUACAAAAGUGCCUCCAAUGGUUAUUGUCUGUUUUGUCCUGUGAUACAAACCCUCCUUGUUCUGUUGGAGUACUUACAGUACAUGAUAAGGUGGAGCACUGGUCAGGUGCACUUUUUAAGCUAUUAAGCAUUUUAAUUUAAGAAAAAUGGAGCAAUGUGUCAACAAAUUUCUAAAAGUGUUUAUAGUUUCAGUAGUUUAAAAUGACCUAUUGACCUAUCAGGGCUGUGAAGAUUGUCUUAAUGUUUUAAGUCUGCAUGUUUCUAUUUAAUACAAACUCAAUGGUGUGAAA